UCAACUAAUUUAUUUUCACGACAUCAAUCAGCUGUUGGGAGGACAAAGGAGAGAAAAAACAAAACUUUCAAACCAUUUACAAUGCGGUUAGUUAUUCUUGAUACAUCAAAUGGAGUGAGCGAAUGGGCAGCGAAAUAUAUACGACGUAAGAUCCAUGACUUUAAACCAGGACCAGAUAGAUAUUUUACCCUUGGUCUUCCAACAGGUAGUACACCAUUAGGUACAUAUAAAAAAUUGAUAGAAUUCUACAAGGCGGGUAACCUAUCCUUCAAGUAUGUUAAAACAUUCAACAUGGACGAAUACUGCAAUCUGGCAAGGGACCACCCUGAAAGUUAUCACUCGUUCAUGUUUAACAAUUUUUUCAAGCAUAUAGACAUAUUACCAGAGAAUGCUCAUCUGUUAGAUGGGAAUGCCCCAGAUCUGGAGAAGGAAUGUGAGGAGUACGAGAAACAGAUAAAAGAGGCUGGUGGAAUAGAGCUUUUCCUUGGAGGAAUUGGUCCCGAUGGUCACAUUGCCUUCAACGAGCCAGGGUCCAGUCUAGUCUCACGUACACGUAUAAAGACGUUAGCUCAGGAAACUAUCAUUGCCAAUGCUAGAUUCUUUGAUGGUGAUAUAUCCCAGGUGCCAAAUAAAGCAUUAACAGUGGGAGUUGGAACUGUUAUGGAUGCCAAAGAGGUAAUGAUUCUCAUUACUGGAGCACACAAAGCCUACGCCCUUCACAAGGCAAUAGAGGGCGGAGUUAGUCACAUGUUUACAGUCUCCGCCUUCCAGAUGCACAAGAACGCCAUCUUUGUUUGCGAUGAGGAUGCCACAAUGGAACUCAAAGUGAAGACGGUGAAAUACUUCAAGGGUCUGAACAGUAUUCAUAUGAAGUUGGUCGAGGAGUCGUAGAAACGAUCUGCGGGGGAGUAAUACAUGUAUUAAUCCACAUGUUUUUCGGCUGAACUGUGAUAGUCUUCAGUUCACAUCCCAUGAACGUUAAUUAAUUAAUUAUCUGUGAUUUCUAGUGAUUUAUUCUAAUGAUCAGCGUAAUUUGUUAUUUCCAGUCCAAGUGUGACCAUUAGCAAUAGUUGUAGAAGUUUUGCAAUUUUAUCAUUAAUCUGGAUUUUCUUUUCUUUCUUUUUUUGCGUGUGUUAAGGGUAUUGUAUUUAAUUUUUUACAAAAAUAUGAAGGCUUUAAUCAAAAUGCAGGUAAAUUUGUGUUGAAGAUCUUGAAUUCAGCGUCUAAAAUUAAUGUUCCAAAUUUUAGUUAUAUCAUGAUUUUCUUACAAGGAUUUAAGUAAAGUUACAUGAUUCUUAGAGAUAAUCUGAUAAAAAUUAUGAAACGUAUCAAAAACAUUGUUAAAUUGUGCUAUAAUUGAUGUUUUACUUGUACAUGUUAUUAAAAUGUGCCAUAAUGAAAGUGAAUACAAAGUGCUUUACUAUUUUUACAAUUUUAACUUAAAUAAUGUACCCAGAAGUGAAGAUUUCAAAGGCAGGCUUUUUGUUGGAAGGAUGUUUAUUUAACUUAAAAAGUGAUAUAAGACUUUUGUUUCAUUGAUCUUGAAUGAAAAUAGUACUAGCAAUUUUACAUAGUUUAAACCAUUGAUUGUUAAUAUAUUUUUGUUAGAGAUAAUACACAAGUUGAUAAUUUAAUUACUAGUACAUGUAUACUUAAUAUUGUAUUAUCUGUGUAUUCACUAUAAUCAUUGUUAUACCAAUAACCUAUACAAUUUACAAAAAAAUUGCCACAAAAAAGGCAGUAUGAAAAUACUAAGUCCAAGUACUAAGUACUCAUAUCGCAGUGUUAGUAUUAUCUUUAUAUAUUUAUGUGUUCCAACAUGGCAUUUAAAUUGUUAUUACUAUACAUUCCAUUUAAAGAGUAAUUGCACUUUCAGUCAACAUUUACCCUUAUAUCUGCUUAAUUUGUGUAAUGGAUCAGUCCAGCUUUGAAUUUAGAACAGUCAAUUGUGUAUUUAAAGGGUUUUCAACAUCAAGAUAAUAAAAGUAUAGCCCCUUUGGUGUCAUAGACAAGUCAUGGCUUAGGAAAGGGUGACAAACAUUUCAACUGGAGUUGAAGCAUUUAUUUUAAUGUCUUAAAGCUGCAUGUCUACAGAUGAGGCAAAAUACUUUAGGAAAAUCAAACUUGAAAAAAAUGAGCUCUAUCCAGAUUCUAUGAAAUGUAACAAAAAAGUAAUAAUUUCAUUGUUGAUGUAUGUGCGAUAAAUGACUUAAGGAGUUAGAUGUUCUCUUAUAUUCACUUUCAAUUUCUACAUUUAUUUUGUUUGUUUAAUUCAUUUUUUGUGCAUUUAAAAAUGUUUGAUUAGUCAUAACAUUAAUUUUUUUGCAAUUAUUUAAUUGAUUAGUUAUAACAUUAAUUUUUUGCAAUUCUUUAAUUCAGGUAUUCUUUAAUUUGCAAUGGGAAAAUAGCUUUUAUACAUUUAUAUUUUACAUAUUUUUGUAGUCUUUUUUUUGUAAGUAUUGAAACAGAACUUGCCAUAUUUUAUUCUUGAAAAAUUGAAAUGUGUUCAUAACUAUAUACUUUGUAGUGAUAUAUAUAAAUGAUGUUACAUAUUAAAUUUUAAAGGAACUCCACUGAGGUCCACAAGCCUAAAAACAUAAAAUAUGAAUUUCUCACAUAGACCAACUGGGGCACUUAAAACAGAAAGGUAUGGAAAAGAUAUUUAAGAAAUAUCCUCAGAAUAAAUUAACAAUUAUAUUUUUAUGCUAUUUAAGCCAGAUUUGAGUGGAAAUCAACACUUUUCAAUUUUGGAUUAUUUUUCACAUUUAGAAAACCAACAUCGUAGAGACUGGUCAAACUACACUGGUUGCAAAGGCUAAUCACUUCAGAUUCCACCAGUUGUUUUGGAUAAUCAAACUGUGCCCUUUAAUUAGUAAUAAAUAAGUAUAAAUAAAGAACGCAAAUUGACAUGACAAAAUAAAAUGAUUACUUUACCGUACUUUUUGUAUACUUAAAAAAGUCUUAUGUAGCAAUAGUUUCUCUGCAUGAAACAGAUUAUAUUUUAUAUUCUAGAGUGUGUGCUAGUAGGUGAUGGAUCUAAAUUGCUUAUGAAGGAGCUUGAAUAUAGAUUUUUUGUUUGUUUGGUUUCACAGCGCACCAAUACAAAUUUAGGUCAUAUGGCAUAUAAACAGGAAAGAUGAUUUUGAUUUUGGCCAACCUCCAGCAACACCAGUGAUCAAUCACCUCACCUACUGGAGCUAUGAGAUGCAUAGACUCCAGUAAUUUAAACCCAUUUAGUCACCAAUAACGGUUAACCAUCACACAGGGAUAAACGGUGGCUGCAAUUCUGAUGCCUCAAUUUUUUAAAGGCAACCCCUCCGCCACAAGGGGAUUUAGUAAAGAAAGUACAGCAAAUAAGAUUAUCUCAUCUUUUGCUGAUUAAAUUGAUUAACAAUUUAAGAUUGCUUUUUUGCCUCCAUUGCCAAAUUUUACUUAUUUUACAAAUUUUACUCUUAUUUCGUUUUGAAAAUUGAACUGUUACAUCUUAGCAAUAUGUUAGUAAAGUCUGGAAGAAUAGAAGACUAAUGCACCUUUUUUCUUGCAUUAACAUCUGCGGAAGCACAAGGACACAUUUAAAGUCUGAGCCUAUAGGGCAAGGAUCCUCCUGCUUCUACAGAUGUUAAUACAUAGUAAACAGGUGCAUUAGCACUAUUUUUGCAUUAAGUAUAUGCCAAUUUAAUAAUUCAGCAUUUUUUUUAUCUCUGAAACUGUUUUGACAUAAUUUCCACAAGCUGGUGCAAUGAUAUUUGUUAUGUUUAGAAUCUAUAUUUGUGAACUUAAAAUCAAUACAAGGUUAUGCUGUAAAAUAAUGAGUUUAUCAAAUGCAUUUAUUGUAAAUCAGGUUUUUGUGAAAAUAAAUUUGUAUCAUUAUCAAGAUCUGAAAUUUGUUUAUUUACAAAAAUACCUCAUCAUUAUAGAUAAUUGGUGCUUUUUUGGGAGCAAGGAAAUACUGGUGCUAAAAUGCAUGUAGUUUUAAUUUUUAAGGUUUUUAGGAAAUUUAAAGUCAAAUAAUUGAGACAUUUAAUGUCUCUUGUAAAAUAGAAAGUAUAAACAUCUCCACAUGUGUGUUUAUUUUAUUGCAUGUGUUUAUACAAUUUUGGGUAACUUUCAAUGUGAUAAUAACUGUGUACUUUUAUUAUUGUAUUGUUAUUUAGAGCCUGCGUUAAAAUUUUAAAAAAUCAACUUUUCUGCUAUUGCUUUGCUAUUUCUGUUGCCAUUGUUUGUUUUGGAGGUUUUGCAUGCUGAAGAUUUCUUGUUUUUUUUACAAUCCAGUUGCUUUUAUUUUCUAUCAAAGUGUUUACAAUUAAACAUAAUUAACAUCUACAUAGUCAUGUCAAGCAGUAUUUAUAGUUAAAACAUUGAAAUAAAUCUUUGGAGAUAUACCUCAUGACUGGUUACUUUUAUCUUUUGUUAUCUAUAUAAAACUAAUUAUGUCAAAUACAUUUGGAAAUAUAUUUGGGUGUUGUAUAAGAAUGACAUAAUGAUUUUGUUGUUGGGUUAGAUAAGAACGUUUGGUGAUUUUGUUAAAGUAUAUGUUUAAUUUGGUUAGUUAGUUAGUUCUUUCCUGUAAAAUAUUGUUUAGUUGUUUAUAUUACUGUGUUGUCUAUGCUACAUAAAUGAUUAAUGAUAUCUGAAUAAAUAUUAUGAUUUUUGCA